AUGACCCCUGGACGGCUGCGCCUCUCGCGCAUCCUCGCCCGUGGCCAUGCCACCACCACCCGCCGCCGUCUCCAAGGCGCCUUGAGCCUCGAUCACUUUCUACAGCGCACCAGGGUCAUCGCCUUCUACCGCGCCAUCCUACGAGGCACUACCCGUAUUGCCCAUGCGCCCACAAAGGCCGAAACCCGCAAGCUCGUCCGCGACGAGUUUGAGCGCCAUCGACACGUAAAGGACCUCUCUCACAUUCGAUACCUCUUGUCCACGGGGAAGACGCAGUGGGAGAGCAUGGAGAGGUAUAUAGGGGGCAUGUAG